UGAUGCGUGCUGGAGCUGGCCCAUCCCACCCCUGGACUGGUAUCAAGGACUUACCCUGGUUCAAAGGGAUAAUAACACUUGUUGCUGGAAGAGAAAGGUGGAUGCGCAGUAUAUAUAGGAUCUAAACAUCGCUUGGUGUCCAGUCUAGUCGGUCGUUGCUCGUCCCUCCAUCUACUCUUCCUCCUCUUUCAAUCAGUGUCAUCAUCUUGUUUCAUCAUCAGCAUCAUCAUCAUCAGCUUUCAACUCAACCUAUAUUUCACCUUUGCUAUUAUGAUUGUGUUGAAUCAUCUUGCCUUAACGCUAAUGUGAGUCAGAGUGUGUCACAAGAGACCACCACACAGCAACAUCGACCCCGCAUCACUUUCCAGACAGGAGGUACCAUCAUCUUACAUUCGAUACAAUCCUCACCAUCACUUGGUUGUUGACUUUUAGCGUCUUAUUUAUUCCACUUUUCAUUCCAAUUUCAUCUCGAGACUGAAGAGGUAAAUCGAAAAAAGAUAACCGUCUGAACAAAAAUUGGCAUUCACCGUCUUCGUCUGUGCCUUGUGGUCGUUUUGAAAAUAACUUGCAUCAUCCUUGAUUAAAAGGGAUACCACAUCCUACCAGUGCCAGUGCAUCAUCCACGCCGCAUCACCAUGCCUCGCUCUUUCCUCGUCCGCCGUGUCUCCCGGCCUAACAAGGAGAAAGCCGCCAUGUGGGACUGCUUUGCAGCAGAAACAGCCAUCCAGAGUUACUAUGGUUACUCCAGCGUUAUUCAAAUUCCAUCGGCGAGGUCUGUUGUCUCAGUGCCCUCACCACGCAACCGACCCUUCCAAUUCCACACAACCUCUAACCCUACGCAAGUUGGCAGCAAGGCUAGGCAACGCAGAGGGCGCCCUAGGAGUGAGGUUGCAGGCGAAAAGAAGAAGCAGCGGGCUCAGCAAGUGACUACCCUCAACAUCCCGUCCACUGAAGGGCUUCUCAAGACCAUGGACUCCUCGCAUAGUGGUCUCUUUAUUCUAUCUACACUCGCUGAGAAGCUAGAUAACUCGGACAAACAAUACUACGACCAAAGGCGAGCUCUUUACUACCCUAGUGAUGUCAGUGGACUUCUAAAUCAAUCACCCAUUCGCCAAGCCAACAUGACCCUCAACUACGGCUCCAUCGGAGGCAACGCUCAACCCGCUGAAGGAUCUGUACCUUCCCGUGACGACCGUGCCACCACACCAUCCAGCCCCAUCAAGGCGACGUCGCCGUCGAGUAUGGUCAUCGUCCCGAUGUUAGACACCACGACCACCUCGCACUACAACAGUCAACCCGCCAGUCCGAUGUCGGCAGAGUCGCAACCUAUGGCGAUGUCGCCGCUAGAUGGAGCCAUGAUGCCUGGGCAUUCGUGUCCUGAGUGUAGGAAGAGCUACAGUACGUCAAGUAACCUGGCCAGGCACAGGCAGACGCACCGGAGCGUGACCGACCAGAAGGCCCGCAAGUGCCCGCAUUGUGACAAGGUCUAUGUUUCCAUGCCUGCACUCAGUAUGCACAUCAGGACCCACAAGCUCGGGUGCAAAUGCCACAUCUGCGGAAAGUGCUUCAGCCGCCCCUGGCUACUCCAGGGGCACAUCCGUACUCACACAGGGGAACGCCCCUUCUCCUGCCCCCAGUGCGGAAAGGCCUUCGCCGACAAGUCCAACCUCCGCGCACACGUCCAGACGCACUCCACCAUUAAACCGUACGUCUGUCAAAAGUGCAACAAAGCUUUCGCGCUCAAAAGUUAUCUCUACAAGCACGUGGAAUCUGCAUGCUACAGAGCCACAUAGAGCUACUUCGAACAUUUAUUUAUCGUCUGUCAAAAUAUGGAAUGUCGUAUUUAUGUUAAUUUAUUGAUUAUGCAAGUACUCUUCAUGUGGAAGUAGAAAACCCGACGGGAUUUCUAAGCAAGUGUCAUAUUGGUAAACAUUUAAUUUGAAUUAAAUGAUUGUAGUGUAUCGAUAGGAGUAAACAUAAAUCAUUCUAUCGAGUGGCUUGUUAUCGAGUGCCUUGUGAAUCACAUCGCCUUCAAACGUGCCUUUAAAUCAUAUCAAGUAUACCCAUAUUAUACAUUAUGUGUCUUUAAAUUCAUGUUGACUUUAUACGUGCCUUUGAAUUAUAUAACGUGCUCUCAGACGAUAUGCACCAUUUGCUCUCAAAUUAAGCAAUAAACCAUAGAGAAUUCUAAAUGUGAUUUCCUUCCACAUCUGUAUAAAGAAUUAAAAAAAAAAAAACUUUGAAGACGCAAACACAAAAAAUGUAAUAAAAACCAAAAGCCAACAGUCUUCCUUUUGUAUUAAUAUUUGAUGCCUCAAAAGAAAAGCUGUAUCCUUUAUCCAAGAAUUGGUAUACAAACAUAUUCCUAUAUGUUUAAUCGAGUUAUCAUUUUUUUUAUAAAACUUCCAAAGAACAUAUUACUAUGUUUCGAGGAAUUGUAAUGCCUGAGAUUCAAAACGUAAACUAAAGCUAUGUAGGAACUUGCGCUUGUUCAUGGUCAUGUUUGUAUUAAUUAAGGGAUCUAAUCGAGUACUUAACAAUUGCAUAACUUGAAAAGAAUAGCUUGACAAUUAAAAUAAUGCCUUCUAAUUUAAAAAGCUGGGUCGCCAGCAUGCCUACGGAAUUUCACUUUCCUUUCAAACUAUUAUCAUAUAUUUCAAAGGAAAUGUAGCCACUCCUCAUAUUUGAAGUGUUUACGCAAUUUUCCAUUUUCUAAUCCACUUUCGGCUUUAUUAACCUAGUUCCUGCCCAAACUAUUGUAAUUGCGUUAUUUUACCUUUUUGUUGUAUGUAAACCGUCGAUAUGUAUUUAAACUUUUAAAAGUCAUUUCCAUUAAUUCAGUGACGUUCCUAUUCAUGAAUAACUUUCCUUUGCAAGAAUCUAUUUUUGCAAUAAACUACUGAGUUCUUUUGUACAGUUUGCCUUUGUAAAUAUCUAUUUAUUACCUUUGAGAAGAUCAGCAAAUGAAAAUGUAUUCAUCAUUGUAAAUAGACAAGACUUAUACGAGACGAGAUGGAAUAGAUUGUGAUUUAUUUGAUGCGAAGAAUACACGCAAUAGUUUUGGAUGUAGUUUAUUGUAUUUCUAAGUUUUUAUGUUGACUUUUUAAUGUUGUUGCAUAAUUGUCUGGAAAACAGCGAUAUUGCCAACAUGCCUUGCCGGCAAACGUGCCUUAUUUUGUAAAUUUAUUUUGUAGACUAGCAGUGAAACAAUGUACAGAGUUGUGCAUUAUCAUGAUAAAACUUGGUAGCUUGUUAAUGAUAUAUUUUCGUAUGUUCAAAGUUAUAGUGAUAGAACGAGAAAAACACCCAUACAAGAUCAGAAUAUAGACAACUUUUGGAAAAACUUGAAGGAAAAGAAGAAAGGGUAUACUUUAUCUAGAUGUGAUUUUCGCGUUAUUUCGGUUUGUUAUUCUUGUUUAAAGCAAGUGUUUAUGAUCAUACAAAACAACAGUCAGAAUUAAAACAGACAGAAUAAAAAUGGCAAUUUCAUUAUCAUUGCAUGGUUUAUCCAAACGGUUUUCUACCAGUAUUAUCAUAUUUCAAUGGAGCUUCGUGAAUCUAAAUUUAUUGUUUUUAAAAUAUUGUGAGAUCAAUAAGUGUGAGUGAGAGUGUGUUAAUUUAUACAUGUAUUGAAUAAAUAAGCUUUAAUUUGUUAAUAUUGAUUAUGUUGUCACGUGACUUUUUCUACUUCAUGUGGAAUAAAUGGACAUGGAACUAUAAA